ACGAGAGCUUCAAGAAGGGCUGGAAGGAUCGUAUUCCUAUGAUGAAGAGUCUGAAAAAACAUAGUGAAGAUUCGAGCCUUCUUCUUUCUGCAGACCAGGAUAUUGACACCAAUAAAUUUCAGUUUGGUGUGCCCUUAGAAGAUUGCUUUCCUUCACCUCACAAUGAAUUUGUUCCUCUGAUUGUGGAGUUGUGCACACGGAUAGUGGAGGCACGUGGCUUAGAGGUAGUGGGAGUUUACCGUGUACCAGGAAACUCAGCUGCAGUCACCGCUUUGACAGAGGAGUUUAAUCGGGGCAUUGACAGUGUCAACAUUGACAAUGAAAAAUUGCUGGAUAUCAAUGUCAUCAGCAGCCUUCUAAAGUCUUUCUUUAGGAAACUGCCUGAACCGCUUAUACCAACAGAUAUGUAUGAAAGAUUCAUCGAAGCUAAUCGAUAUCCCGAUGAGGACAAGAGGAAAUUAAAGAUCAAGCGGCUUCUUCAUUUGCUGCCUCCCCACCAUAAUGAAACUUUGAAGCGCAUGGCAGAACAUCUGAACAAAGUAGCUUCAUAUGGACACAUCAACAAGAUGGAUGCUAAGAACCUGGCUAUUAUGUUUGGUCCAACACUGGUGCGGAAGAAAGGAGAUGACACUGUGUCCCUUGUAACAGACAUGUCCGACCAGUGUCGCAUUGUGGAGAGUAUCAUUCUUCAU